AUGGUCAACUUAGCAAUUAAACACAACUUAUCUAGCCUCAUUCUCAAGAUGGUUGAAGAUCAUCCUCAAGAAAUGGUUCAGGUGUAUAAUUCAAAUAAAACUUCCUCAAUGCUGCAUGACUUAGCUUCGAUAGGUACAUUAUUUACACAAGAUGAAAUCGACCUUGCACAGUGGUUGAUAAAGAAGACAGAUAAAUUUUCAAAGAAUAUAUUUGGACAGACAUUUCUUGAAACAGCCAUCCACAGCAAAUCCCCCAACUUUGACUUGCUAGCUCAGCUACUUCGCAAAAGAAAUAGCAAACCUUAUAUUCUUCGUGAACUUAAAAAGACUUCAUUGCGAGAGAAUCUCUACCGAAAUGUCCUAAAGCAUUGUCCUUAUGUGCCAGAGAAGUUAAUCAGGAUGAGAUAUUACUACAAGACGAAGCAGAAUUGUACUCUUAACUCAUUCGAAUCUUCAGAUGGUGUAAAAUUUUGAUACACAGAGUCCUUACUGGUCUCUCAUACUAAGUUUUAA